AUGGUAGGGGUGUUUGAGUACGCUCUGGCCAUUGGUGGCAUCGCCCUCUGCGUGUCUUUGACCACUUCCCGGAGGCCGAAUCCACCAGGCAACGUCAGCCUGCCCCCCGUCUACGGUCCAUGGUAUCUACCCUAUCCGAUCCGUGGAUUCCUAGCCAUGGCGAAGCUAGGGAUGGACGAAGACAAUUUCCUUCUUUCCCUGCGACGUGAUUACGGACCCGUCGUCCAUCUUCCAUGGCCCCUCAACCAGAUUUUUGUACUCGACGGGACUCUUAUUCAUAAAGUGUACGGUGCCCCAUCUUCGACACUAUCGUUCACCGCAAUACGACGGAAAUUCCAGACAAUCAUUUUUGGCUCACCAUGGAAAAUUUCCCAGGGCCCUGGCCUUGCGCGCAUGUUCCCCGUUCACGCCAAAGGUCUCGCCAACCUUCGCCUAGAUGCUCCAGUUGAACGUUUCACGCGUAUUGUCCAGGCGAAAGUAGCACAGCUGAAGGAACAGAUUGAAUCGUUGCCUGAGCAGGCCGUUGAAAUCCCGAUUACCAAGUGGGUCAUUGAUACGAUGUUCGAAGCUGCCACAAUCGGCUUGUUUGGGGAGGAAUUCUGCGAGCGGACACUGAAGGCAGGAUUGCAGCAGGAUUUUAACCGAUUCGACGCAUCCUUCCCCCUACUGGCUGCAGAGAUGAUCCCAAUGGCACUCUACCCGCUCGUACCGCCCAUAGCAGACGGGAUGAAGGGUCGAGAAGCGAUGUUCUCAGUGCUCACACAGUGGGUCGAGGAUGGCCUCCCUGGUCUCGACGAAGGGGUCAUUCACGACAUGGCUCAGAUGGGAUUGGCGGAAGGUUAUACCUCGAGAGAGAUAGCCACCCUUCUUUUGGGCGAUCUUUGGGCCCUUCAGGCCAACGCGCCAUAUGCUGCUUCCGCGCUUCUCCUUUACAUCGUCCAAAGUAACAUCCUGGACCAAGUGCGUGAGGAGAUAGAUGCUUUACCCAAGCAGAGCGAAGAUACAUCGGACCCGGUCGUGACCUUGAAAACCCUAGCCUCGAUGCCUUUAGUCGCUUCAUGCGUGCAGGAGACUGUCAGGUUGAAUACCUCGAGUUUCAGCAUUAGGGUCGUUGAAAAGGAUUUUGUAUUGUCUGCAUCAGGCGAGGGAGGGAUAUUCAUCCCCGCUGGUAUGCGCGUCGUGUGCAUUACCCGCGUUGGACACCUCAUGGAUGAACUGUGGGGCGCCAACCCCGAGUCGUGGAUUGGUGAUCGCUUUUUGGCCGAAAAGCAAGGCGACGCCCUCAGCUCGAAGAGGUCCAGAGAGAUGAAUGGCUUUGGGGGCGGAAUAUCUAUCUGCGAAGGGCGCCAUCUAGCAACGGCUGAGCUUAAAUCCAUCCUAACCAUUAUACUUUCGAACUUGGACAUCACGCCUCUCAAGCACGUUGCAGAUCCGAGGAUUCCCAUUGGACCAGCUACCGCGAACAACGUUUGGAAAGGACUCCAACCGAGCAGAGAUCUCACGCGUCCGGGACUGGGGGCGUUCCAGUUCGGAGCAUCUGACGUGAUUGCGAGAGUAACAAAACGCAAAUCAUCGUAG